UAUGUGUUGUGUGUUUUUUUCCCUUUCUUUGGUGAAUGAAUGAUGCCACCACAACACAGCACAGACUCAAAGUGGUCAUCACUCAUUACUAUUGCUUCACCAACAACAGCUACAAAAAUCACCAGUCUUCUUCCCUACCUAAACUGAAACCAUCUUUUUGCUGCUUUUCUCUCCUUUUUCUUUCUCUUUUUUUAGGGUCUCUCCAAAAAGACACCCUCCACACUGAAAAAAUAGCACUGGAAGGCUAAAAUCAAUCCAAUUCAAAAUUCUUGCUGGGUUCUUGGAGAGUAUAUUGAUCAGAUUCUUUAUGGUUGCUGAAGAUUACUUUCAGAGUUGAUGUGCUGGAUGGUUGUGGAUAGAAGGGGAAUAGUUGAGAUUGUGGACUUGUAGCAUUUUAGGUUUUGGUGCGAUUCUGAUCAGAAGUGGCAUAACGGACUUGUCAAGCAGAUGGAGGCUCUGAGGCGAUGGUUUGGAAAAUCCCGAUCAAAGGAUAAGCCAAAGCCAGCAAAGAGGAAGGAAACAGUUAAUGGGAAAGAAGGAUCAAAACUGGUUGCAAGUGAGGAGGCGCCCUCAAAUGCUACCAAGCAGAAGGCUGCAGCUGCUAAGCAGUAUAUAGAGAAGCAUUACAAGGAGCAGAUGAAGAAUCUUCAGGAGCGGAGGGAGAGACGUCAUGUCCUUGAAAGGAAAUUGGCUGAUGCUGACGUCACUGAGGAAGAACAAAGUAACCUAUUAAAGUACCUGGAGAAAAAGGAGACAGAAUAUAUGCGCCUUCAGAGGCACAAAAUGGGUUCUGAUGAUUUUGAGCCAUUGACGAUGAUAGGGAAGGGUGCUUUUGGGGAGGUUAGGAUCUGCAGGGAAAAGACCACAGGCAAUGUAUAUGCUAUGAAAAAACUAAAGAAGUCGGAAAUGCUUCGUAGAGGCCAGGUUGAACAUGUGAAAGCAGAAAGAAAUCUUCUGGCUGAAGUUGACAGCAAUUGCAUCGUCAAACUUUAUUGUUCUUUCCAAGAUGAAGAGUAUCUUUAUCUUAUUAUGGAAUAUUUACCUGGUGGAGAUAUGAUGACUUUGCUUAUGAGAAAGGAUACGCUGACUGAAGAUGAGGCCAGGUUUUAUGUUGGGGAAACAGUCCUUGCAAUUGAAUCCAUCCACAAACACAAUUAUAUUCAUAGAGAUAUCAAGCCUGAUAACUUGCUCCUAGAUCGUAAUGGGCAUAUGAAAUUGUCUGAUUUUGGGCUAUGUAAGCCGUUAGACUGUAGUAACCUUCAGGAGAAGGAUUUUUCAGUUGGGAAUAAUUACAGUGGUGCUUUGCAAAGUGAUGGGCGACCAGCAGCACCAAAGCGAACUCAGCAAGAGCAGCUGUUGCAUUGGCAAAGGAACAGGAGGAUGCUUGCCUACUCAACUGUUGGUACGCCUGAUUAUAUUGCUCCAGAAGUGUUGUUGAAGAAGGGCUAUGGAAUGGAAUGUGACUGGUGGUCUCUUGGUGCUAUUAUGUAUGAGAUGCUUGUUGGUUUUCCCCCUUUCUACUCGGAUGAACCUAUGUCUACUUGUAGGAAGAUAGUCAACUGGAGAACGUAUCUAAAAUUUCCUGAAGAGGUAAAACUAUCCCCAGAAGCGAAAGAUCUUAUCUGUAAGCUAUUAUGCAAUGUGGAACAAAGGCUUGGAACGAAAGGCGCUGAUGAAAUAAAGGCUCACCCAUGGUUCCGAGGUAUUGAGUGGGACAAGUUGUACCAAAUGAAAGCAGCAUUUAUUCCAGAAGUUAACGAUGAGUUGGAUACCCAAAAUUUCGAGAAGUUUGAAGAGGGUGAUAGUCAAGUUGCUACAUCAGCCAAAUCUGGUCCAUGGAGGAAGAUGCUCUCAUCUAAGGAUGUCAACUUUAUGGGUUACACAUACAAAAACUUCGAAAUUGUCAACGAUCAUGAAGUUCCUGGAAUUGCUGAACUGAAGAAGAAGAGCACUAAGCCUAAGAGACCCACUGUCAAAUCCCUCUUCAAUGAGGAAUCAGAUGCUUCUUCAAAUCAGUCUGCUCAAGGAAGCUUUCUGAAUCUAUUACCUCGGCAAUUUGAAGUUUCGAAACGGGGGGAACCAUGAAAAAUGACUAAUCUGUGCAUAACUUCAGAUGACUCUAGCAAUUGCCGGACAGGAUUAAGUUAAUUAUGACCGAAUAGCUUCUGUUACAGCUGUUUUCGUUUUUGUACACCCAAAGUGUAAGUAUGCAUGAUGAAGGCGUUUUGGCGUUUGUUACAGUUUGCAUUUGGAUUGGCUCGGCUUUGAUCGUGAUCUGUGUAAAUUAUCUCCAGAAAGUAUAUAUAUAUUCAAUUCUUUUUGGAUAGUUGCAAAAUGUGCAAGUCUUCUGGUUUUUUUCUGGUGUCAAAACUGUAGAGAACUGAUACAAUAGCCUGUUCUUGUAAUUACCUUUCUUGAUACAGCUUUAGUCAUAGCAAUACCAAUCUUUAAGUUUACAAAGCUUUGAAUUUUGGGCUCUUA